GCGUCGGAGUUGCGCUUUACGGAUAGCCUGCUAUGGGCCCAUUUAUACAUACACGGACGGCCUCGGCGUGAGUAGCCUGUCUGCAGUCCCAUUGGCGCACUGGAUCGACCGAGAGAGAAGAAAAGUUCAGCCCGACAGGCAUGGCUCGCGCAACGCGGCGCGUCAUGAGUUCAGUGGGCUGAUACGAUGGCGCGGAGAGGAGGAGAGGCCGCAGAGGGAGACUAACAUGUGCAAGGGUUAACGUCGAUAAGGGAAACGACGUCAUGACGAAAUGGAUCCGUUUAUAAAGUUGACGCGGGACUCGAGACUCGGGGUCCUGGGGAUCCUUAUAUGAACCAAGCAUAUCCGGCAGCUUGCAGUCCUCUCUUCCUUAACCUCAUCCACCCUCAUCGAUAUCAUGUCUUUCCCCAGGAACCAUGACGUCCAACCGGAAACACCAAAUUCCGAGAGCCCCAACGGAACGAGCGCCGAGCUCGCCAAACAGGAGCGCCAGACCCCUUCUUCAGACGUGCCGCCGACAUGGGGGAGACGGCCGAAAAUCACACCGAUAGCGGUCUUUCUCGGCCUUGUCUCCAGUAUAGGCGGCUUCAUGUUCGGCUACGUGAGCGGUCAGAUAUCCGGCUUUUUCUCCAUGACAGACUUUGCCCGGCGCUUUGGGCAGAUGGACCCAGACGGCCAGUACGUAUUCAGUGCCGCGAGGCAGGGGGCCAUCGUCGGCCUACUCCCCGUCGGGUGUCUUAUCGGCGCCCUGAUUAGCGGGAGCCUGGGUGACGUGCUGGGCCGGCGUCUAGCCAUAUCGCUGUUCGCCCUCUGGGCCUGCGUCGGCAACAUCAUCGAGAUCUCGUCGCAGACGGCCUGGGCCCAGUUCGCUGUCGGCCGCCUCGUCACCGGCUGCUCCAUCGGCGCCUUGUCCGUUCUGGUGCCCAUGUACCAAUCCGAGAGCAGCCCGGCCGUGAUCCGUGGCCUUGUCGUGUCGAUGUACCAGCUCUUCGUCACCCUCGGCAUCUGGACGAGCUACAUGGUAGACUGGGGCACCGUCGGCAGGACGUCGAGCGCAUCAUGGCGCAUCCCCAACGGCCUCGGCUUCCUCUGGUCUCUGAUCCUCGGCAUCGGCAUCCUCGCCCUGCCCGAGAGCCCCCGCCAUGCGUACCGGCGCGGCCGCAAGGACGAGGCACGCUGCACCCUAGCCCGCCUCGCCGGCGUUGAGCCCCGUCACCCCAGCGUUGACGAUGAGGUCGCCCAGAUACGCGCCAAGCUUGAGGAGGACUGCAGUGCAGGCAAGGCGCACUGGUUCGAGAUAUUCACGGGUCCCCGCAUGCUGUAUCGCACCCUUCUCGGCAUCGUCCUCCAGAGCGGCCAACAACUUACCGGCGCCAACUUCUUCUUCUACUACGGCACGACCGUCUUCAAGUCUACCGGGCUCAGCAACAGCUACGUCACCCAGAUUAUACUCGGUACCGUCAAUGUCGCCGCCACGUUCAUUGCCCUCUACAUCGUGCGUCGCGUCAGUCGCCGAAAGGCGCUCAUCGUCGGCGCCGCCAGCAUGGCGGUGUGCUUCUUCAUCUACGCUUUCGUCGGACAGUACGCUCUAGAUUCGUCCAACCCCAUGAACACCCCGCAAGCCGGCACGGUUCUCGUCGUGUUCUCCUGCCUGGCCAUCGCCGCGUUCGCCAUCACCUGGGGCCCCCUCGUGUGGGCCGUGGUGGCCGAGCUCUACCCUUCGCGGUAUCGGGCUCCGUGCAUGUCAUUAGCGACGGCAGCGAACUGGUUCUGGAACUUCAUGAUCUCCUUCUUCACGCGGUUCAUCACCGACUCCAUCCACUACUUCUACGGGCUCGUUUUCGGCGGGUGUUGUGUGGCCCUCGUAUUUAUCGUGUACUUCUUCGUCAUCGAGACUAAGGACCGCACCCUCGAGGAGAUCGACACCAUGUACGUGUCCCACGUUCGUCCUUCCAAGUCGAAGGAAUGGCAUGGUGGCAUACUGCGGUCGGGCCCUGGUAACGAGUCGGCCCAGGAGGAUCGGCAUGUCGAGGCCUAGAAUCAAGUGUCGGAUAAAUAGCAGCUUUGCGGCAUAGAAAGGUUCAAAAUGAGUACUACUGAUCACGACUAGAAAGACGCUAUUAACCAAAUGAAAAUAUAAUAUAUUGAUAAAAACUGGGUUUG